UAUGUAUGCAAAUCCUUUUCAACCUAUAUUAAAUUGAAUAGACUGCAAAGACAAGAUAUUUAAUGUUUAACUGGAAAACUUUAUUUUUUGCAAAUAUUAGCUCAUUUGGAAUUUAAUGCCUGCAAAAUGUUUUUAAAAAGCUGGCACAAGUGGCAAAAAAGACUGAGAAAGUUGGGGAAAGCUCAUCAAACACUUGCUUGGAACAUCCCACAGGUGAACAGGCUAAUUGGGAACAGGUGGGUGCCAUGAUUGGGUAUAAAAGCAGUUUCCAUGAAAUGCUCAGUCAUUCACAAACAAGGAUGGGGCGGGGGUCACCACUUUGUGAACAAAUUCGUGAGCAAAUUGUCGAACAGUUUAAGAACAACAUUUCUCUACGAGCUAUUGCAAGGAAUUUAGGGAUUUCACCAUCUACGGUCCGUGAUAUCAUCAAAAGGUUCAGAGAAUCUGGAGCAAUCACUGCACAUAACAUUGAAUAAGUUGUUUAUAACUUAUAAAUGUCGUUACUAAAUUUGCAUGUGCAUUAAAAAAAGUCUCCCAAACAAAUGACUCACAACUGGGAAUCGUUCUCAUCAUUCACCUAAAAGAGCCGUUCAAAAGACUUGAUUUGUUCACGAACGUCACACAACUUUCACCCAUAAUAAGAGUAUGAAUGCAAAUUUAGAUCAUAACAUGAAAGCAGCAUGGUUUACCUGCUAAAAAAAUAAAGAACAUGUAAUAGAUGUCCAAUUUGCAAAUAUUGUCUGUUAGUUGCACUAAGACACUAAAUAUAGCAGAAAUGCCGUUUUUGAUUCAACACUACUUACUCGGGAUUACCAAGUAAUGUCAACACCGAUGCUUCUUUCUUGAAUGUUUUCAAGUUCAGUAAUAGAGAGGGGCAAAUGCACAGUGUCCAAAAACAGUGACACAAAACGGAAUAUGUAAAGAAUGUAAUCAAAACAAAACUGCAAUGGGAAAAUGCUGCAACGUACUAAAUUGUUUCUUGAACAUGGUUCGUAAAUUAAAAAGUUCAAAUAGUGAAGCAGCGUUUAGAAACAAUGUAAACAUGAAUAAUUGGGUGGAGUUCUUAAUUUAGUAAAAUAAUGCACACGUUGAAGACACUAUAACGUGUGUCUCUUUCUCUUAUCUAUACUGUGUGAUUACUGUGAUAUUUUUUUUCAUGAUGUGCAAUACCAAUGUUAGUAUCUAUACAUAUUUGUAAGCCAUAUGUAGUAUUUAUUACUUUUUUUUGUUUUUCAUUAAGCUUUACUUCUGCUACUGUAUGUAAAAACCUGCACUGCAACCAUUUAAUUUCCCCAUUGUGGGAUAAAUAAAAGUCUAUCCUAUCCUAAACAAACAAACAUAACAAGGGGGUAACGGGUCAGCAAUCUCUAUCAUCAAAACACAACAACGACAAGCUGUUGAAACGUAGGCUGUGUCGUUAAGCCCUCCCUAACAUCCAGAGACAGACGCUGGAUACAACUUUGUGGACUCCUGUUCAUCACCAUGAAUGGUUAUGGCCCUGUUGCUAUGACCACCUUCUAAAAUAAGAGUCAGCAGCUGAAGCAUGCUGUUGGCCCAGAUCAACCGGGACUCGCAGGGAAUGACGGAGUUUCACGACGCCGACGGGCAGCCGGUCACGCUCUGUCUGACCGAGGCGGUGGCGGUGGCGGAUGGCGAUCAGAUGGACACCAUGGACACGGUGAGCCUGCAGGCGGUCACUCUGGCAGAUGGCUCCACCGCCUACAUCCAACACGACCCCAAGCCGGCCUUCUCCGACGCACAGAUCAUGGACGGCCAGGUGAUCCAGCUGGAGGACGGCUCGGCCGCCUACGUCCAGCACCUGUCCAUGCCCAAAGCAGGAGGGGAAAGUUUGCAACUGGAAGAUGGACAAGCAGUUCAACUGGAAGACGGAACAACAGCUUAUAUCCACGCACCCAAAGAAACGUACGACCAGGCGAGCCUGCAGGAGGUGCAGCUGGAGGACGGCAGCACGGCGUACAUCCAGCACACGGUGCACAUGCCUCAGUCCAACACCAUCCUGGCCAUCCAGGCGGACGGCACCAUCGCUGACCUGCAGACCGAGGCCAGCGGCAUCGACCCCGAGACCAUCAGCGUGCUGGAGCAGUACACCACCAAGGUGGAAAACAUUGAGAACCCGUUGGUUCCUUUUGGCAGAGUGGAAGCAGACAACGGCUUGCACAUGCGGAUUGUGUUACAGGGUCAAGAGAACAGGACCGCCAGGGUCGCCAAUGUCGGCGAGAAGUCGUUCCGCUGCGAUUACGACGGCUGUGGAAAGUUGUACACCACGGCCCAUCAUCUCAAGGUUCACGAGCGUUCGCACACCGGAGACAAACCGUACAUGUGCGACUAUCCAGGGUGUGGCAAGAAGUUUGCAACAGGGUACGGACUGAAGAGUCACUCGCGCACCCACACUGGAGAGAAGCCCUACCGAUGUCAGGAGCUCAACUGCUGCAAGUCUUUUAAAACCUCCGGAGACCUUCAGAAGCACACACGCACACACACAGGAGAGAAGCCGUUCAAGUGUCCGGUGGAAGACUGCGGGAGGUCCUUCACCACCUCCAACAUCCGUAAAGUUCACAUCCGCACACACACGGGAGAGCGGCCCUACUACUGCUCUGAGCCCGGCUGUGGGCGCUCCUUCGCCAGCGCCACCAACUACAAGAACCACAUGAGGAUCCACACAGGGGAGAAACCGUACGUGUGCACGGUGCCGGGCUGUGAGAGGCGCUUCACGGAGUACUCCAGCCUUUACAAACACCAUGUGGUCCACACGCCUUGCAAGCCUUACAACUGCAACCACUGCGGGAAGACCUACAAGCAGAUCUCCACGCUGGCCAUGCACAAGCGGACGGCCCACAACGACACAGAGCCCAUUGAGGAGGAGCAGGAGGCCUACUUUGAACCGCCCACAGAUGCCAUCGACGACCCUAACGUGACCUACUCCGCGGUGGUGGUCGGAGGAGAAGACGCCGGCUCCGAACAGGUUCCGGUGGAGAGCUCAGACGCGGUUGGUCAGCAGCACGUCGCCUUGGUAACGGAGGCGGUCGGAACGCAACAGCAGGAAAUGGUCAGUAUCUCUGAAGCCGACUUACAAGCGAUGGGGGGCACUAUCACCAUGGUAACCCAAGAAGGCACCACCAUAACCAUCCCAACCCAUGAACUUACAUCGCAAGGUGGUCAGGUGGCCAUCAUGACACCUGGCAUGACUUCGUUUGAAACUGUGGAGGAGGCUGCCUACAGCCACGAGACUGAAGACCUCCAUCCUGUCACCUUAUUGGCCACCUCCAAUGGCACUCACAUUGCUGUGCAGCUGAGCGAUCAGCCCUCGUUGGAGGAGGCCAUCAGAAUAGCGUCGAGGAUCCAGCAAGGGGAGUCGCCUGGCCUGGAUGAUUGACGGGACACAACGUGGGCCAUGACUCGGAUCCGCUCAAGAGUACUUACAAGUCUUCCAUCUCCGCAAAAGAACAUUGUUUUUACGUGUAUAUAGGAUUUUGAUAACUGGACUAUUUUGUCUUGAACCAAACAAAUGGGGGGGUGAAGAGACAGAUGCUUUCUAAUGAUUAUGCACAGUGCAGGGUACAGCUAAUACUAUUUCUAAUAAAAUUAAAAAAAAU